AUGACUACAACGCGGCGAGCCCUACCCAAGCGACAGCAGUCACAGCAACCGCUGCCACAAUUACAACAGCAGCCACUGCCACCACUAGAACCACAGCAAUUACAACACCUGCAACAGUCACGACUGCAACAGCCACGACUGCAACAGAUCACGACAGACUCUGCACACUUCCCAGACCUCUACUCGACGUACAGCGCGGACGUCUCCCCCCUAUCCCCGACCAGCAGCACCACGACCAUCAGCAGCAACGCCAACAGCACCACCACCAGCGUAACCAGCAACAGCACCAGCAACAGCACGUCGGAGUCUUCCUCCGCGAGCUGGCUCUGGCCCCUCCCCAGCCAGCCAGACGAAAUGCGGAACGAACCAAGUCCCCAGCGCACUCCACAAAACGGCCCCCAGAACGUUGGCCGACCCACAGCCCGACGCGUGCAGCGCUGUGGAGUCGGCCAGAGCCGACACGCCCACAGUGACAGAGACAGAGAGCGGCCGUGCAAAUCGCAGGCCUCGCUGAUGGAGGUGCGGUGCUGGGACCACGGCUGUGAGGGGCGGAAAUUCUCAUCUCUGGGAAAUUACCGUCGACACCUGCGCGAGAAGAACGGGCAGGCCAAGGUGCAUCCAUGCCCUGAUUGUGGGCGGGUCUUCACGCGGUCGACGGCGCGAAACUUCCACCGCGAGUCUGGAACCUGCGGCCUGAGUCCGAGGCAGCUGAUGCUCCAAAUGCAGAUGCAGAUGCAGGUGCAGGUCCAGCAGGCCCAGCAGGCGCAGCCUCUGCUCUCGUCGUCAACCUCCUUCUAUCCCCCCCUGAGCGUGCCCUCACCACCAUUCGACUGGGACUGGAACAGCCAGAUGGACAUGUACUCGCCGGCAUUAUUAUGGGGGAAUGGACGAUAG